AGUUACUCUUGGGUGAUCUAUCUAUUGAACCACUUCUUCAUUCUUCACUACCCUGCACGCCUCGCCAUCAUGCCUCUUUUGAACUACGGUGUCUGGAAGGCUAAGCCGACCGCGAUCGAAGUAGAGCGCGACGACGAUAAGCCGCACGCCCAACUUGAAUUUGAGGAUGGGGGCGAAAUGAAACUACGCGCCGCCAUCAACGUCAAGUCCUCCGACAGCCAGGACUCCAAACUCGUCUACUGGCUGAUAAAGGACUUCCAGCAUCCCAUCCGGGAGAAGCUGAAGGCCUUGACCAUUGGCUGGCACGACAUGUGUCUUGGUUCAUCCCACGAGAGACUCAGCCUUGACCUGCUGCGUGAUUCUCUCGUCGACUUGAAAGCUGGAGUACUAGCUCCGCACAGUCUCCCGGGCCCUAACAACGACGUCUCGGACGCCAUCGAGCUCUUCUUCCAAGACAUCAAACAGAAGGCUUCGACGGUGUAUGUGUUUGGCGAGAGGUUCUUCAAUUGGGACAAGAACGAGGAAGGAGUUCAUGAUGUUCACAUGAACCAAGGCAGCAGGGGAGGUUUUAGGAAAGCCAACGCGAUCAACCAAGAUGGAGGGUUGAUCUUGGAGUUUCCAGACGGGCGCUGGGAGGCCUUUUUGACGGCGUUUGCUUCGCAGACUGAGAAGACCGACCCAAGAGGGAACCCAAUGGGCAAAACGCUUGGGGAAUUGCUGGGGGGAACACCUCCGCCUGUGACGCCAGAUAUCGCCAUUGCCGCAGCCAUCAUCAAUGCCGCCGGACAGGACGGCGUCGACAAUCCGGAGGAGGUGUAUCUCCGCAACAAGUCCGGAGCGGCCGUGUCCGUCGCGGGCUGGCGGAUCGAGAACAAGGCGGGGAAUCACUUCACCCUGCCAAACACUGCGUUGCUGGCGGCCAACGGAGGCCGGCUCGGCUUCAAGAUCGGCGGUGUGCCGCUGGGGAACAAAGGCGGGACCAUCAUUCUCAAGAACAAAAGUCUCCAGGAGGUUGAUUCCGUUACGUAUUCUCAGGACCAGGUGGGUCGGGAUGGGGAGCUGGUUGAUUUCGGACGAGACCGCGCGACCUUGGUCGGCUGA